AUGAACGGCAAGGCCAAGCAUGAACCCAAUACCAGGAAGGAGAGGCCCCAGAAGCGUGGAGGUGGUCGCUUUGAGCCCUAUGGAAACCCAUCAAAGAGAUAUCGUGUGUUUGUCAGCAACAUCCCAUAUGAUGUGAAAUGGCAGGCACUCAAAGAUCUAAUGAAAGAAAAAGGUAAGGUGUUAAGAGUAGUGUUGGAUCCGCUAUAGAUAUGAAGUCCAGCAAGGCUAAUAAAGCCUCCCAUAACGGGUCAUUUGGGUUGAACCACUUCACCACGUUGACUGGAAGGCCUCUGGCCUGUAAAGGACCCAAGUUGCAAUUAGUAGCUAUGAGGUUCUUGGUAUGCGGACUAGGUGGCAAAACUUGAAAUGGGAGUCGCCUUUCCAUGGAUUGGCCUGUUCUGCUAACUCUCCGGGAUGUUUCAGAUUUCAGAACAGUUCUCUGUGAUUUCUGCCUUCGGCUAGUCAUUUUUAUAGUGCUACGAAUAGCAUUAUACAUUUGUACUUAACUUUGGAGUGCUUUAGCUCUUCAGCUACACUUGAUUGAACAAAGGGAAUCUACCAAGUAAAGGGGGCUCUUCAAAUGAAGUACAGAGCUUAUAGUAUAUGGGCAAUCAAUUGCACUGUUGUGUUGGGUCUUGAAUGGUGUGUGUAUAUAGCAAAUUGCGUCUCACAAAUGCAGAAAAAUAGAAAAACGUACUUAUUACCUUGAGACCUAAUGAAUUUCUCUCAGGCGCUUACACUACAAUUGUUAAAGCGGUUCUUGCUGCUUAUGUUUUUCUGCGUGAUCCUUUUCUUGGAGAUAGUCAAAUUAAGAAUUGUAUAAUGUUUAACGGGUUCUCUGUAAUUUUAUCUUAAUUUGCAGCAUGGACCAGUUGUCCUCAACUUCUUAUCUUCAAUUUGAAUCCUGCAACAAAAGGAACGGUGUACUGUUCAUCUAACAGUUUCAACAGUUGUUUACAUGGUUUUGGCAAAGCUAUGGCUAUGUUAGAACUAAUGUAGUAAAUAGCACCUGCUUUUAAUCAUGAUAAAGCAUAGGUGUUCUGAGAGGUUACCAAUGCUUUUCAGAAACAUAAUUUAGUGUUUGGAUAUGAUUGAAUGUGGCCUUAAAUUGCAUUCUCUUUUUUAGGUUUGUUGUUUCCGCAGAUCUCCAUGUUGUACCGAUCACGGAUGUGUGUUUGGGAUUUCUUGGGGUACAGGUCUACAAAAUGAAGCAUCUUCUUACGCCUGUUCUUGUUUCAGCUGAGGAUUGGUUCAUGUCCAUUUAUGGUGCCGACUCAUUUGCUGGAAUUGGCAAUGGUUGUCCCUCUGUUAGCUACAAACAAAUUUGGACACUGUUGUGCCUCCAGGUCCAAUGUAUGUACAGCUUUCCAAAAAUGUCAUUCCAUGUUCUUCAGACAUUGGAGAUAGCUGAGUUGGUACAAUUUUAGUUUUUGUGUGUAUUCAUUCAAAGGUGCGGCAGAACCGUUGUAUCAGUCAGUGGUUCUAAAUACAUUUAACAAGGAACAUGGAUUUUGGAAGGGUAGACUCGUGGUUUCAAAAGGCUUCGCAAACUUUCAUACUGUCAUUCUGUCAAGUUUGUCUUUAGAAAAGGGUUCCUCCAUGAUGACAACGCAUCCGGUAGCUAUUUGACUAUUGUUCUCGUCAAUAUAUUGGUCUUGGUGUUUCGGGACUCGGCAAGGACAGGCUAAGAAGUCAUUUUAAGAUCCAGAAAGAGCUUUUUGUAGACCUGUACCAGAAUUGGCUACUGAGGUGCUUGGGGGGAGGCUCUGGAGUAGCAGGCCGAGCUCACGGUCACCAACCGCUUGUGUGUCUGCUCUAAACCCCCAUUGUUCUCUCGGCUUCUCUCCCUUGGUGUGUGUCGUCUGGAAUCUGAUUUGUAGUGGGUGAGGUAACGUACGUGGAACACUUAAUGGACGGAGAAGGCAAAUCAAGGGUAAGUGCAAUAGUCAGCUUGAGUUUCCUUUUCUUUCAUUGUGGGGAUUUUCAAACAUGGAGUUUUGAUGAAAGCGUGUCAAGUGGGUGACGCUGAACAGAACAUGUUGCAGUAUGUGGCACUGAAUGAGGUCAUCAUGGGUUGGUGUCUUAUUGGGAAUUCAGGUUUUAGUAGUUUGGAAAGUCCCUUUUGCUGCAGAUUUGUUCAUCUGGGACUAAAAUGGGGCCCAGCCACCAAGAGGUUGUAACAUGCAAUAGAUUUGAGUCCAUUGAAUUGUUUUUGUGGAACAAAUAUUUCCAUUUGAGUCCAUUUUGUCUGUGGGACUUCUGCUUUUGAUGUGGACAAUGUUAUUAAGGGUUUAGAUUCACCAGACCUCUGCAUUUGUUAUAUUGUCUGGUGACCAGCUUUUAACCUGUCUACUCAUUUUGAAAGAGUAGCUGACUGUUCUAGGCUAAGGCCAUACAAGUGAGUAGAAUGUAUGUUUAACCUUGUUAUUGAAUAUGCAUGAAGUCAUUGUUCUCUACAUUGCGAAGACUGAUUACUAACUUGAAUGUUUUUCUACUUCAAUGAUGCUGUUGUGCGGUCUUCAAUCAACAAAGGGUUGUGCGUAAGUGUUUUCUUAAUUCAGGCUUUAUUCUAAUAGAUGUCUCAAAGUUCUAAGUUCCUGAUAUUCAUCAUGGUUUUUGUCUCAACAGGGUUGUUGAGUUCAGGACUGAGGAGCUGAUGAAGAAGGCUGUGGAGAAGGUCAACAAGCACAACCUGAAUGGUCGGCCCCUGAAGGUUAAAGAGGUAAGCAGUCUUUUUUUUGAUGCUACUGACUUAACACCAGAAGGAGAAAAAAACAAAUCAAUAGGCUUGUAUUUCCUGUUUGGUAAUGUUGCCAAUGUCUGUCUUUCCCCAGGACCCAGAUGGUGUGAUUGCCCAGAGGGAUUCCCACAGGGCCCAGGGUGGUGGAGGUGGUGGCGGUGGCCAUGGUGGUAUGAACAUGGGGAUGGGGAUGGGGAUGGGGAUGGGGAUGGGGAUGGAUCGCAUGAAUAUGGAGCGGAUGAACAUGGACUGCAUGGGCCCAGGACCGGGCGACCCACCCAUGGUCAACAUCCCCCCCAGCCUCAUGAACAACUCCAACAUCCCCAAUGAGAUCAUCCACGGGCUGCAAGCCGGCAAGAUCGGAAGCACCGUCUUCGUAGCUAACGUAAGUCGUGGAUUGUAGUCAGUGUGCCAAUAUACAUCAUUUUAACCAUGUCAAUGCCAUGUUGUGUUUCCAGCUGGACUACAAGGUUGGCUGGAAGAAGCUGAAGGAGGUGUUUGGCAUGGCAGGAGUGGUGGUGCGUACUGACAUCCUGGAGGACAAGGAUGGGAAUAGCAGGGGCAUGGGCACUGUAACCUUUGACAUGCCUAUUGAAGCUGUCCAAGCCGUCAGCAUGUUCAACGGUCAACUGCUGUUCAACCGAGUCAUGCAUGUCAAGCUGGUAAGCAACAUAUUCAUUUUAGAGAGUGUACAAACUACACAUUUUGAAUGUAUUUUAAGCUGUGCUCUUGUUGGGUAUUUCAGGAUGAGAAGUCCUUGCCAAAAGGAGACUUUGCACCACCUGAGAGACCCCCAGCACUACCCCGUAAGUACAAUGUCGUCGUCGUCCCCAAAGUAAACCGAAAUCAAUGAAAAACAGGCCGGUAGUAUUUGUUCUUUCUCUCAAUCAUCCAUUGCUUUUCCCUCAGGUGGCCUGAGUGGCAUUGGGCAGGGACUGGGGCCUGGUGGCCAACCCAUCGACGCCACUGCACUGAACAGAGGAGGAGGUGGUGGAGGAAUGGGCAACAUGGGACCUGGAGGUAAGAGGCUGUCUUUGUGAUCCUCUUUCACAUCAACUUUUGAAUUUGACUUGGUUCAGUCAAUCACUAAUGUUUGUUUGGUUUGUAGGCAUGGAUGGCAUGGGCUUUGGUGGUGGCAUGGGUAGAAUGGGAGGUAUAUACUUUUUGUACUGCGUCAAUUGAAUGGGUAGAGUUCAUCAAAUCGUUUGCAUUAUUUUUACUUUUUUUUAUACAUUUGAGUAUUGAAGAUUACAUUUUGUUAUGAUUUUUUCCCCCCUAGGCAUGGAUAACUUUGGUGGAGGAAUGAACAACAUGGAGCGCUUUGGACCAUCAGGAAUGGGACGUAUGAAUGGUAAGGAAAUUAAUUUCACGCUUGAUGUGAAACAUUCACGUUUGGCUGGUCUACUAAUAGUUUCAUCUCUUGUGUUGUCAGAGAUGGACCGUGGGAUUGGUGGUGCUUUUGACCGGGAGUGUGGUCGAAAUGAAAUGGGCAUGUCUCGCAAUACUUUUGUAGAGUCCUUCGAUAGAGGAAUGGGUUAGUACUUUAAGUACUUGCACAAUUUUUAUCAAUCAAAUGUAUUUUUACAUCAGUAAUUUCUUGCUAACGUGCUGAACACGCCUGAUACUAAUUUCUCACAGGUCUAAACAUUCUCUCACUAGUUGUUGUCUUUUCUGUGUUUUCCCUCGACUUACAGGUAGCUCACUGGGCAUGGACCGCAUGAGCUCUGGCAUGGAUCGCCUGGGUGGUGGAAUGGACCGUCUGGGCGGGAUGGAGCGCAUGGGAAUGGAGAGGAUGGACCGCGUGUCUGAUCUGGACAGGCUGGGGGGCUCUGGCUUUGACAGGAUGGGCUCUGGGCUGGACCGGCUGGGGCCCAGUAUGGACAGACUUGGUUCUGGCAUGGAUCGUAUGAGCUCCAGCGUGGACCGCCUGGGCCCAGCUGGGUUUGACUGCCUAGGCCCGUCCAGUUUAGACCGCAUGUCCGCUGGCCUGGACUUCGCCUCCCCCAUGGGCAUGGCGGACCGCAUGAACACCGGCAUGGAGAGGAUGGGAACCAACUUUGACCGCAUGGGGUCUGCCGGCAUCGACCGCUUCCCAAACAGCGGGCUUGACCGCAUGGGCUCCACCAUGGACCACAUGGGCGCUGCCGGUGUUGGAGGCCAGUUUGACCGGUCAACUGAGAUGGAGCGUGGGGGCUUUGGAGGAAAUGGCUUUGGAGGUCCUGGGGCUGGAGCCAACGCUAGGAAGGGCUGUCAAAUCUUCGUCAGAAAUGUAAGUGUCUAGAGAAAUUACGAUCUUAAAGUUCCCCAUUGUUGUCGAUAGAGCAGAUUCCGCAUAUUGAACUAGUAUUCGACAGUCACCAUUGUAAACUUCAACUGAUCGAUUUGACUCUUGUCUUGUAGCUGCCCUAUGACUUCACUUGGAAGGUGCUGAAGGAUACCUUCAGUACAUGCGGUAAGAACAUAAUCCACUAAUUUGUAUAUAUGUAGGACUUUUUAAGGAUAAGUAGAAUUGUUGUUGUAGCUAGUAAAUUCAAAUAUGCAACAGAUUUUCAGACGAAGUCCCCACUGGUCGAGUUCUAGUGACUCGAGUUGGUUAAGUCUGAUUCCUGGACUCAAGUCCCUUGCAAUGUUGAAGUACUCAUCUUAAAUGUAAUUGAACAGAAUUGGAAAACAUGCAAAUGGGAUGUUUUGAAGUUACGCCACAUUUUCCCAUUUCGCAAUGACACCAUGGUAAAGUCUUUCUGCCCCAAGAUUCAAUUGGAACUUUAGCCAAAUUAAUUAACCCCAAUGUGCUUUCUUCUGCAGGUCUCGUCCAGUAUGCUGACAUCAAGACGGAGAAUGGCAAGUCCAAGGGCUGUGGUGUGGUUCGCUUCGACAACCCGGAGACUGCAGAGAGAGCCUGUCGCACCAUGAAUGGCUACAGGCUGAAUGGAAGAGAGAUCGAUGUUAGAAUUGACAGAAACGCAUAA